UAUUGCCUCCACUUACUGUUUGCAGACCUCAAUUUUUGGGUGAGAGGAACACACGGAGCUUGAGCGCUUGAGCUGCUUCAAGAAGAACAAGAAUCGAGCGAGAUGUGGAAACAGAGACCAUUGAGGCAAACACUCAAACACGUUACCUGCAUUGUAUAGGUUGGUUGAUCCAAAUUCAAAUGGAUGAGGAGGUGGUGUUGGAUUUGAACCAGAUCAGGGCGGUUCGCGUCCUGGGCCGUGGAGCCAUGGCCUCGGUCUUCCUCGUCAGCGCCGCACCCGGCAGUCGCCUCCCCACGCUCUUCGCCCGCCGCGCCCGCUGGGAGCUAUCCCUAUUGUCCCGCCUCUCAGCCGCUCCCGGUGAUCACCACCACCCGUUUCUCCCUUCCCUCCUUGGCUCCGUCGAGACGCCGGACCUCCUCGCUUGGGCGAUCCCCUUCUGCCCCGGCGGCGACCUCCACGCCCUCCGCCGCUCCCUUUCUCCUUCCAACGAGGAGGCGUUCUCCGCGGACGCGAUCCGCUUCUACCUCUCGGAAAUCGUCACCGCUCUCGCCCACCUCCACUCCAUGCGCGUCGCCUACCGCGACCUCAAGCCAGAGAACGUCCUCCUCCGUUCAUCCGGCCAUAUUAUGCUCGCCGAUUUCGAUCUCUCCCGCCACCUCCCUGCCAGAUCGACCACCCACUCCUCCCUUCCUCCUCCACUUCCCUCCGACAACCACAGCCACGCCCCCCGGAGGAAACUCACACGCGUGUUCUCCUUCGGCGCCGCGGACGACCAGAUCAAGAAAGGGAGGUCGGCGAGAGUCUCCCCGGCGAGUCGCCGUAGGACGAGUUCCUCGUCCAUCUCGAAAUCCAGAGAAGGAUCCGGUGGUGACGACGAGCGGUCGUUCUCGUUCGUGGGGACGGAGGAGUACGUGGCGCCGGAAGUGGUGCGCGGCGAAGGGCACGGCUUCGCGGUGGACUGGUGGGCGCUUGGGAUCCUGGCGUACGAAAUGGCAUACGGACAGACGCCCUUCCGGGGGCGGAACAGGAAGGAGACGUUGCGCAACAUUCUUACGCUGCCGCCAAUGUUCCCAGGCCGGCGGCGCACCGAUCUCACUGACAUUAUCGAGCGGCUCGUGGUCAAGGACCCGGAGAGGAGAUUAGGGUUUAGUGGGGGUGUGGAGGAGGUGAAGGCGCACCCUUUCUUCGAUGGGGUGAAAUGGGAGCUUUUGCCAGAGGUGGCGCGGCCUCCGUUCCUGGCGCCGGUAAUUUUACCUUUCUUUCUUCCGUUCCUCCUACUCUCGAAUCUGCUCUGCGAGGAAGGAACUAAGAUCGAAGGGUUCAGAGGAGUUGAGGAGCGAUUAGAUGCAAAACAAAGCCCGGCCGUGUUCUACACACGGCCUGGCUUUGUUUGCAGAGAAGGGAAGUGCUGGGGCAGUGCCACCCAAACACGGCCGUGUAAAGAAUCCCGAGGGGAAAGAUGA